CCGUUGAACGAGUUGAUAAAUCUAAAGCUGUCAACAAUCAAAGAUGGCUCAGCCUCAACAAGGUUAUGGUUAUCCGCCUCCUGUAGAACACACAGGCGCUUACCCGCCACAAGGUUAUCCCCCUCCACAGCAAGGCUAUCCACCACCACAAGGACAAGGCUAUCCACCUCCACAAGGACAAGGCUAUCCACCUCCUCAACAACAACCAGGCUACGGUCCGGCUCAACCUGGGUAUGCACCUCCAGUGUCACAACAGCCGGGUUAUCCGGCUGCAGCUCCAGCACAGGGUCAGGGUAUGUGGAUGCCCGCUCCUCAGCCUCCACCAGAUUGCCCUCCAGGUCUUGAAUACUUGACUCAAAUCAAUCAGCUUUUAAUCCAACAGCAAGUUGAACUAUUAGAAGCUUUUACUGGUUUUGAGACUAACAAUAAAUACAAAAUUACAAAUAAUCUUGGACAGCAAGUGUAUUUUGCUGCCGAAGAUACUGAUUGCUGCACUCGUCAAUGUUGUGGUCCUGGUCGACCAUUUGAAAUGAAAAUCCUGGAUAACUUCCAACGUGAGAUUAUACACUUGACUCGCCCWUUACGUUGUUCAUCUUGCUGGUUCCCUUGUUGCUUACAAGAGAUAGAAGUUCAGGCACCUCCUGGAACUGUUGUUGGCUACUGUGUACAAGAUUGGUCCAUUUGCAUUCCAAAGUUUUCAAUCCAAAAUGCAAAUCGUGAAACAGUGCUGAAAAUUGAAGGACCUUUCUGUCAGUGCAACAUUUGUGGUGAUGUUGAAUUCAAUGUGUUAUCUGCCGAUGGCCAGAAUGAAGUGGGCAAAAUAUCUAAACAGUGGACUGGUCUUGUAAAGGAGAUGUUCACUGAUGCUGACAACUUUGGGAUCACAUUUCCAAUGGAUCUUGAUGUGAAAAUGAAAGCUGUAGUCCUUGGAUCCUGCUUUCUCAUUGACUUCAUGUUCUUUGAGGAAGCUCAAAAGCAUGAUGACAAUUAGAGCAAAGACUAUAUCUUGUGGCAAAUUCGUCCUAUAUUCACACAAAACAUCAAUAGAUAAAGGAUAGACUUAAGAUACCAGAUUAUUUUUAAAASACUAAUGUAUAAUAAUGUGUUUACGAUGCAAAAUCUCUUAUAAUUCAAUGUUAUCUUAAUGAAAGUGGUUUUGCUGUAAAAAAUUGUAAACAUUCAAGUUGAUAGACGUUUUAGUUUUAACAUGUUUCUUGUAGAAGUUUCACUACAUGGCCUGCAACCACCUAUUCAGCAAACAAUUGCAGUUUGUCUUAUCAGAGCAAUGUACAAAGAUAUUAACAUCUUACAACCACCCCAWCCAAAAUGUUGUAGAAUGAAAUUUGUUGAAAAUAGAAAACCAUKGAACUGUUUAAACCUUUAAAGCUUUGACACUGUAGAUAAGAGAGAAUUCCAUUGUCCAUAUAUAAUUAAAAGAUGUACAUAUCUAGUUAGCGUGUGUACAUAGUAAGUUCCUGAGUAUUUGCAGAGCCUUUGUAGUGUACUUUCAUAGAAAUUAUGACAACCUAAUUAUAUUAUAUAUAGCAUAGUUAACGAUGUAACUUUUAGUUUUUAAUAYACAUGCAUACAAACUAAUAAAAAUGUAGGUAUCAUAACAAUA